AUGAGGGGGUUAAUAUUUAGCCGCCAGUUGCUGCAGCUGCUGCAGCGGCAGCAGGUGCAGCAGCAGCAGCACGGGCCACUCUUUGCCGCUCUGUGGUGCCUUGCAAUGCCGGGGAGGCAGCUACAUAACACCAUCACCAAAGACUGGAAGCUGCUAGGCUUUCAGGGAGAAGACCCUUCAACUGACUUCAGAGGUUGUGGGGUUUUGGCGUUGCGGUGUCUGCUGUUUCUCUUCUGGAAGUUCCCUCUUCUCGCGCAGCAAAUGGUGCAGCAAGGCAGCAGCAGCAGCAGCAGCAGCAGCAGCAGGAGCAGCAGCAGGGACGGAGAGGGAGGUGACCAUAGCAGCAGCAGCAGCAGAAGCAGCAGCAGCAGCAGCAGCAGCGGUUGCUGCAGCUAUUCCUUUGCAAUAACACUCAUAAACAUAUCUGCAUGGCUGUGGCAGUGGUUUCAUGCCUUCUGGUGUACAUGCAGCCCCAAAACGCCUCUUGAAUUUCCUUUUGUUGCUGCUGCUUUUCAAGAACAAGUCCGCUUCCGUAGCGGUACCCCCGCAUGUCUGCUGCUGCUGCAGCACGAGCAGCAGCAGCAGCAGCAGCAGCAGCAAAUGGAAAAACUCCUCCGGCUGCAAACGCAGCUACACCAACACCAGAAACAGCAGCAACAGCAGCAGCAGCAAGAUGCAGCAGCAUCAACAGCGGGGGAGCCGACCUACGAACCAGCAGCAGCAGCAGCAGCAGCAGCAGCAGUAGCGGCAGCAGCAACAGCAACAGCAGACGCCGCUCUGCAGCGCGAAUGUCCUUGCUGCUCUGCACAGCUGCCCCCCUCACCUUGGGAUAGCUUUUGCUGCCAGCAGCAGCAACUGCAGCAACAGCAGCAACAGCAACAAGGGCAGCAGCAGCAACAACAGCAGCAACAGCAACAAGGGCAGCAGCAGCAACAAGAUGCGCAGCAAAGUAGCCAAAACAACAGCACUGACGCCGAAGAAUUAGAUGGUGUAUGCCUUCCAGCAGCAGCAGCAGCAACAACAGCAGCAGCAGCAGCAACAACAGCUGCUACAGCCUUCGACCGAGGGGCAGCAGCUUCAGCAGCGGAUAGAGCCUCCAGCAACCGCAACAGCAGCAACAGCACCAGCAACAGCAGCAGCAACAGCAGUAGCAGGACCGCAACUCCUGAGAUACAAAGGCCGCUGUUGCUGCUGCAGCAAGUGGAUCUGCAGCAGCAGCAGCAGCAGGAGACGAACGCCUUCGCAAACAGCAGCUCGGGUGCAUACAGUUCAGAAAUGGAUUGCUGCAGCAGCAGCAGCAGCAUCAGCAGCAAGAGUGGGGUGAGCAGCAGCGGCGAGAGCAGCAGGAGCUGCAGGAGUGCGAACCCAGCAGCAGCACGAACAGCAACAGCAGCAGCAGCAACAGCAGCAGCAAGGCUGCAGAGCUGCCGCGAAGUAGCAAGAGAGAUGCAGAUGCCGCCAGCUGCAGCACAAAUUUCUGCUGCUGCGCUUUAUUCUCGAGGGCCUCCAGCAGCAAUUAAAGGUACCCGCUGCAGGUUAAGCGGUGCUGCAGCAGAUUGCUAUAUCUUCUCAGGAUACAGCAGCAGCAACAGCAGCAACAGCAGCAGCAAACUCGUCAACGCACUCGUGCGCGGGGGUAGUGCCAAUGCAGCAGCAGCAGCAGCAGCAGCAGCAGCAACAGCAGCAGCAGCAGCAGCAGCACGAACAUCACCCGCAAGGCAAAAGGCUUGCUGGGUCUCGCCGCCUGUUACUGGCAGCAGCAGCUUCGCUAGCAGCACUAAGAGCGAGUGCAAGGUCCCUGCUGCAGCACCAACAGCAGCAGCAGCAGCAGCAGCAGCAAUGCAGCAGCAACGUCGGCAGCCUUUGUGUCUCUCCCGCACUUGCGCUUCCAGCGUCCUUGUCCCCCCACAGGCGACAAACAGGUAG